AUGAUAAUUAGAUUUUAAAAUACCUGCUAUGUAUGUCAUUUAAUAACAAAAGAUAAAUACCGUUCAUUAGCUUUGAAAAGAAGACAAAAAAUUAGAAGAAAAGAUUACAGAAAGCAAAAUUAAAAAUAUUUUUAUAAAUUGUUGAGCUUUACUUUUAAACAAAGUCGGCGCAAAAUUUGCCUUUGCGCAUGCAUAUACUUAUUAAUAUUUAUUUUUGCAAUUUCAUCUGUAGAAUGUGCUUCUUACAAGCCAUCUGAUUUCGUAAAUAGUAUUUUUAACUUCUCUGGUUUGAAGGAAGGUUUGUAUCAGAUAAAUAUUCUCUAAAAUCAAGAGAGCGAUGGCUUUUAAGGAGAGACUAUUAUGGGAUUUGGGCAUUACAACAAAAAUGAUUAAUACGCAGGCAUAAUUACGAGAGAUCAGACUUUAAAAAAAUUAAACUUGUAUUUAUGGAAUUCAUCAUAAAAAUUUUACAAUAAAAUAAAUACUUUCUGCAGCCCUGCUGAUGAAACAUGCAGUAAGGACAUAAAAAAUAUCAUACCAAUUGAUUGGGAUUAUAAUGGGUAUUUAGACCUGAUAAUUAUAUCUGAUAAUUCUGAUGGGAUUCAAAAUACAGAUUAUACAGCACAUUUUCUAUUUUAAUAUGUACAAAAUAUUUAAUCUUCUGAAUGCACUUCAAGUUCCUGUACACUUGUUAAUGUUGUGAGUUAUUAUGUAGAUUCCAACACAUAACCAUUUAUCAUACCUUACUAUAAGGAUACUUAGCAUUUACAUGGAUUAUUUUAUUACAAGAAAACAGAAGGCUUCUAAAAAAGAGUUGUUAUCAUAGGUGAUCCUAACGAUCCUACAUAUUAAAAAUUAUCUACAAUAGAUUUUUCAAGCUUAGUAGAAUAAGACAACAAAUAAUGCAUAAAUGGAGAUGAGUUAGAUGAAAUUUUAUCUAGAAGGUUGCCUGAUAUACAUUUCAGCUCUGUAUUAGAUUUAAACGGGGAUUGCAGAAAUGAUUUAUUUAUACACUCUGUCGUUAACAAUCCUGAUACUACUUAAUCUCACUCAUUUGAAUUUUACAUCAGAUUAGAAAAUGGACUUUACUGCUUAACAUAAGUGUACAAAGUUCCACCUGAAUAAAUAGUUCAAGCAAUCGGUUUCACAGAUAUCAAUUUUGAUGGAGGUAUUGAUAUGGUAAUUGUUUACAAUGAUUAGGAUCACACGUAAUAUAAAAGCAAAAUGCAAAUAGCUUUCAAUCAUAUAACUCCUUCAGCUAAGAAUCUUUGCUCAGAAAAUGAUAUUUUUACCAAAAUUUAUGGCGAUUUAUCAAACAUAUUUGAAACUUAAUCAGAUAUUCUUAUCAUAGAUUUUGAAUUUAGAAUAUUCAAAUCUGAUGAUCAAAUAAACUAUCCUAGUCUUAGGUUUGGUGAUUUUAACUUAGAUGGAUAUAAUGAUCUAUUGAUGACAAUCACUAAAGAUUCCAUAGAUUCUUACAGCUAUUUCUUCGAAAAUACUUACUGUGACCUUCCUUAGUGCGAAAAACUUUUGAGUAACCAUAAAAGAUACUUUGAACUAUAAGGAUAAAAUACUAAGUAUGGUUUAAUAAGUAGCCAAAAAUCAAUAUCAGCAUCGUUUUUCGAUUUUAAUGAAAAUGGAUAACUUGAUAUAAUUCUAAAUACUUACACAAUUGACCCUGAAACAUUGGAAAAGCAAAUCUCUGUUACUGCAAUUUAUAAUUUUUUAAAGACAGAUUCUUAUUUUGUUAAAGCCUUUGUUAUGAAUGGAUCUUUAGAUGGAACUGUAAAUAACGAUUAUACAAGCAGCAACAUUUAUGGAGCAACAGUUGUUUGUAAAGUAAUUAGCAUAGAAGAAUAAGUUAAGCCUAUUAAAGGAAUUUAACUCUAUUAGAGUGCUUUUAUUCCAUUAUAAAUACCAUAUGUUAUUAUGGGAAUAGCAAGAACUAACUCUUAUAUAGAAAAUCUUAGUGUUGGAUUGGGACUGCAAAGCAGUAACUCAGUGAAUGUAUGGAAUCCUAUCAUCCCUAACAGCUAAAUUAACAUUUACCCAUCAAAAAAUAAUCCAGAUAAUUGGAAAGCUGUAUCUUUUAUGGUAAAUGUUACAGAAUCUCUGUUGGCAAUUUUAAUUAUUGCAGCAUGUAUUUUAGUAGUCCUUGGUAUUGUAAUAUAUUAUUUAUUUCUAAGGGAGAAGAAUUAAGAUAAAAGGGAAAUAGAAGUGGCUAAUUUAUUAAUUUGA